AUGAGUGCAUCCAAACCCCAGGAAAUGGACUGUUCUGUCUGUCGCUGCAGCGGUGAGGUGCGAAUCGAACCCUCUCUGAAUAAGAAUGAAGCAGAGUUUAUAGACGGAAGGAGAAAAUCUGUUCUACAAAGCCUGAAGAAGCUUCAGAUAAAGUGCCGUCAGAAUGAGGUGCCAAACAUUGCAUUACUGGGUUCUGGAGGAGGACAACGAGCAAUGGUGGGAUUGCUGGGAUCCCUGGUUCAGCUCCAGAAAACAGGUCUUCUGGACUCCAUCCUUUAUCUGAGCGGAGUCUCUGGAUCCACCUGGUGUAUGGCCUCCGUAUAUCAGGAUCCAGACUGGUCCACCAAACUAGAGACUGUGAAAAACAAGAUCAUCAAGAGACUCAGCGGUCCUGGAGUCAGCUGGAAAGAAGCAUUUGCCAAACUGAAGAAAUAUUACUAUGGGAAAGACCACUUCAGUCUGACUGACAUCUGGGCAGUGAUGGUCAUCACGUCAUAUGUGAAAGAGAUCGACGAACACACACUCACAGAGCAGUGGAGCCAGCAGAGUAAAGACGGUAAAGUCCCGUUUCCCAUCUACACCGUGAUCGACAAGAAGUGCAAACAACGCAAUAUCGGAGACCCCUGGUUUGAGAUCACUCCUCAUGAAGCAGGUUAUUCUCUCACUGGAGCGUUUGUGGACGCCUCCAACUUUGGCAGCAAGUUUCACAAAGGCUCCAAGAAAAAUCAGCAGGAUGAAUUUGACAUGCUGUACCUGCAAGCUCUAUGCGGAAGCGCUUUAGCUGAUGAAGUGGAGAUUAAGAAACUUCUCUGGCAAAAGAUAAAAGAUUUCUUUCAACAAAAGGAAACAAUACUUGAGGAAAUGGGAAAGGAACCGCAUGAGAGGAGACUGGAAGCAUUGGCAAGAGAGAGCGGAACAGGGUCGGAAGAAGUCUUUGCAGCGGGAUUCAAACCCGGGACGCGAGAAGUGCUACUGCACCCUCUAUCAGAGCGCAGACAACAAGAUCCAAACGCUCCAGCUACAGAAGAGUGUUACCAGGUGCUCAUGAACCUAGUGGACAUGAAUCUCUCUGUUUUGACUGGCAAAGAUCCUUCUGCUUUUGAUGAAUCCAUCAGGACAUCACUGAACGAUCUCUCUGGAGGCAAAAUUUGUGUGGAAAGACUGAGAAUUGCUGAUAAAAAAGCAGAAAAACUGAAUAUGAAGAGUUACACCAUGGAUGUAAUCAACAAUUUUAGAGGUCGGAUUGGUUGGCCAUUUGGUAGGUUGAACUGUUUCUAAUAUCCAUCCAUCCAUUCUCCACACCACUUUUCUAGAGUUGUCAGGAUGCUGAUUUACACCUUACCUUAGUGUUACCAAAAUUUCCAUCUAUUAUUUUAACAAACUAAUAAACGUAAUGUGAUGCAUAUUUGUCAGUCACACAUCAAUAAAACAGAUCAGAACCUGUUUCAACCUGGUUAUUGUGAAUUAAGAAAAAAACACUUUAGCACUAUUAUAGAAAACUGAUUCAUUCAUGUACGACUGACAAAUAUGCAUUACAUUAAGUUUAUUAGUUUGUGUUAAAACUGUAUAAUUCAAAUGGAUGGAAAUUUUAAAUGCAAUUUUUGAUUUUAUAGCAAGAUUGAUACGUAUACCACUGUACAUUUAAUAUUUUAGAUAUUUAAGAUUCAAGAUUCAGAUAUUUUUAUCCUCUAGUUCUUUUGAAAACCAGUUAGUUCUAUUAAAAGACAAAAUACUUGUCUGACCCUGUAAUGAAACAUGUAGUCAAGAAGUCUAUACAGCCAACAUUGUUCUCGAUAAGAACUCAAAAUCAAAACUACACUGUCAAAAUGAACAAAAUAACAAGGGAAUAUAUUACAAAUCCAACUGUCAAACCGUGUUUUUGCCUUGCCCCAAAUCACUGUCGUAAACCUAUAAUAAUCAGCCUAUUUAUAUUUAAGCUGUUGAUAUGGAUUUUGCAUGAAACUGCUUACUUCUGUGUUUAUGUCUAUCUAUAAAUAAAUGAAAGAAGUUCAGGCUACUAUAUGCAGUGGAAGGUGUCAUAAUAGCUUGAAUCCACGACAAAUGAACAUUGAAACUAAAUGAGUUUACAAGCAAAAAGUGAAAGAGAGAGAACCAGUAAUAAAACAUGAAUCAACAUAAUUAGAGUAGCAGUUCUUUCUUAAGUUCAGAAAACAAUCUUUAUGCUGGUAACAAUCUCUAAACCAGUUUUGAGUAUUUGCCUAUAAAUAUCCUUACUUGCGCUAUAUUCCAGAUAGAUCAUAUUUUAGAUUUUUCUCACCUCCUUCUAGGAAAUAACGUCUGGAACGCCACUCAAAGUCAGCCAUUUUGCGUGAACUCGGGGUACAUCGAUUAGCCCCGACCUCAGCGAGAUGCGUCAUUUUGACUCAAUUCCAAGAUGUUGUGUCCUGACGCCAAUGAAUAUGAAUGUAAAAACAAACUUUAACAUUAGACAUUAAGUUCAUGUAAUGUUACCUUCGUUUUUGCUUUUCGCCAGCAAUUUUCAAAGCGAUUUUAUGUCAUUUUUAUUCUAUUUUGCCAUAAUCAACACAAAUACGCAAUAUGCUCUCAUUGUGUCAUGUGGUCAACAUGUGAAUGUGACGUAUGAGUGACUGGAACUCACUGAGGUCUGAAGUGGGACAUUUCAUUUCGUCCAACCUCAUCUGGAACGCAGCAUGAGUUAUAGUUUCCACUGUUAUCUUUUCAUUUUAAAAAAUUGAUUACAGUAUC